CAUCAUUAUCAGCAUCAUUAUCAGGGCCUACUGUAGAAUUUCCCAAUUCCCAUCACAUUGCUCUUACAUGCUGUCCUGGGAACUAAGCAUCGUGAAGUUGCGUCGGCGAUGAAAUCUUUGCCCAUCUUCUGUUGUUCCCAUAUCCAUCAUGUAUGUAGGGUGAGACUAUCACACGGUUGUUUGCAUUAAAAAAACGAGUCUUUCUAUAUUGCUCUACACUAUGGCAGCGUCCGUAAAAGCAGCGGCAGCGGCAGCGGCUGCGGCUGCUGCAACCACGGCGCACUCCUCCAGCACCGCCUUCGUCCCACGAAAGACCUUCGAAGUGUCCUCGUCCCUCGUACGGACCUACUUUCUGGGCCAUCACCGCGGCGCCUUGUCCUCUAUGCAGCGCAUUCUCUCCAACAUCUCCCUCAUCAUCGAGUGCCGCGACAGCCGUGUGCCCCUGACAUCCACCAACCCCCUCCUCGAAUCCUCCCUAGCCGGCCGCGACCGCAUUCUAGUCUACACCAAGUCAGACCUUUCCUUCCCCGCCAGCGCCCACCGGUUCAAGCAGCAACAGCAGCGCCUGCUCUCCAAGUGGCACGCCGAGCGCCAUGGCAUCCACCACACCGACCGCGACCUCAUAGCCGGCCAGGGCAGUCUCGGACGCACCGAGGUAGUCUUCACCGACGAGCAACAGCCCAAGACGAUCCAAGCCCUCCUCGAUACCAUCAAGCAACGUGCCGCCGCAGCCGACUCCCUGACCGGCCUCCGCGCCCUGGUCGUGGGCAUGCCCAACGCCGGCAAGAGCACCCUUCUCAACGCUAUGCGCCGCGUCGGUAUGAAGCUCCCCAAAGCCGCCCGGACGGGCUCGCAGCCCGGUGUGACGCGGAAGCUGUCAAGUCCUGUGCGCAUCAUCCCGGAGGACACCUCGCAAGGCAUUGAGCAGGGCGUCUUCGUCUUCGACACCCCCGGUGUCUUCGUACCCUACGUCGGCGAUCUGGACUCCAUGCUCAAGCUGGCCCUCAUCGGCUGCGUCAAGGAUGGAAUUGUGCCGGCUGAGACGCUGGCCGAUUAUCUGCUGUACCAGCUGAACAUGCGAGACCCGGAAAUAUACAAGAUGUUUUGUGCACCGACCAACGACGCCUUUGAAUUUCUGGAUGCCGUGGCUGUGCGCACCGGUAAGCUACAGAAAGGUGGCGUGCCGGCGAGGGAUUUGGCGGCCAUCUGGGUCGUGCAGCAGUGGCGAAAAGGGUUGUUAGGUCAGUUCAGUCUCGACGACGUCGACGAGGAAACCCUAAAGGAGUGGGCAAGGAAGGACCUCGAUGGCGAGGAUGGUCCCCUGAGCAUGAACCAGGCGAAGAAGAGAGAGAAGGAGUCCAGGAAACUGAAGAACUUGGCGAAACGUGCGGCUGCUUCUGACGGCGGUCAUGGCGGCUGAUCAGUCAUGGUGUGGAAAACGGCCAGCUUGCGCGUGAACUGGCAAGACAUCGUGGAGAUGCAUAAUACCCCCGAAGGUCAGAUGGCAAGUCAUGUUUUCACAAAACAACUCCCAAAGACUCCACCACUGCGACGACCAUUGGUGCAGAGACAACCAGCUAUAUUUGCCUUUGUCUUUGCAUAUGAUGUUCUUGGUUGCUCUGAAUAAUCCACAGUGGCGACUGAGCAGCCCUAUACGUCUUUCCAGGUACUGUGUAUAUGUAUAGAGAAGUCGCGAUACGCAGGCAACCGAGUAUUCGGUAUCAUGUCGGCGGGGUGUCUAUCGAUCGAAAGGAAGGAUACCCAAGCUUACAAGAACAUCCGCCUUGAGCACUAGAGGCAUGUAUAUAGAACCUGUGAACAUGUAAGAUAUUGCAUAUGCUAUGCUAGAAAUACUCAAUCGCAUUUCCAAUAUC